AUGCAGUCCAAGCCGAAUACAGUCGCAUUUGUCGAGCAAGCGUUGAACAUGCCGCUGUCGGCGCGGCACGUCGUGGUCUUUUCGGAGCUCAGCCCCGAGCAAAAGCAAAACUACACCAAAUUCAUCAUCGAGCACAAUGUCAAGUUUGGUCGAAACCCAGACGGCCUGUAUGUGGCAACUGUCUCGUUGGGUAGUGCCCACUUUUCACGUGCUGCAGAGGAGGCAAGAACGCAAACAAAGCAGCAACCUCUUUCCGUGGAAGAGCUCGACCACGCAGUGCAGGAAAUGCCUCCAAGCAUGAAGCGAUACGCGACACUCUACUUUCUCCUUGAGUCGCUGCCAGUGGAGCCAUCCAAGACGGGUUUGUCCGAUAUCCACCUGGCCAAGACAAUUCAUGACAUUUACGAUGCGCGAUGGGAAGACGUUCGCCGGGACCACGCGCCGUCUUUGGCGACACCGUGUGGACAGGCGUCGUCGUUUGCAACGUUCGUCGUGCACCACUUUCAAACGCGCUUUGGGUUGGCCAAGCUCGUGGCUCAAAAUGCCAUCGACCUCAUGCUGGCGCUCCACGCCAACAAACACAGGCUUGACACAGAAAUCUUUUCGUGCUUUUUGGACGGUACCUAUUGCGACGACGCCCUCGAGUUCUACCUCUUUGCUCGCCAUGAAAUUGUGGUACUCCUGACCAAAGAUACACUCGGGGGCAAAGUCAACUUGAGCAAGGACAGCACGUGGAUUUCCAAAGCACAGUGCCUCGUUGCAGCGAAUGCAGUAUUUGGGUCCCGCCUGGACCCGAAUUACGCCGUCUUCCUGCGUAAGUUGAAGCGCCAUUUGACAAUGCAACCUGCGUCACGGGCAAAUACUCACAUCAUCGAGAUGAACGAGUUCCUUCUCUUGGUAUUGGAAACGUUCCAGGCCGCCCGGGUUGCCGAGGAACCAAGUGAACUUGCAGUCACGACGUCCGCGACAAAGACUCUGGAGACUUCUGCCAUCAUUACACCCAAACUACAGCAAGGCGACGAGCGGCAGAGAUUCGAAGCCCUCUUACAACGUGUACGCACAAGACAGCUGGAGAACGCAUCGUCGGAUGGUGCGCUGAGCCCCAAGAAUGGUGCCGUGGUGUGGCUAUCGUCGCCAACCUGAAGGUGCCGCCGUCUUCACCCCCAUGAUUGAAACAGGUAUUCUGAAAAACACAAUAAAAAUAUCAACAA